AUGAUUAUUGCUCGGUACUUUUCAGCGUCACCCAAGGACAACAGUCUGCGCGGAAAGUGGUUACUGCUUGUGAGUGGAUUUCAGUUCAAGGAAUUAGAUAUUUUGAUCGACUUUGAAUUGUCACCUCCUAUGAAUCAUACAAGGGCUUUACACUUUGUUUUCAAAGUGGCCAAUCGUAAUGAAACAAUUGAUUUUUACAAACGGAUUCUUGGAAUGAAGGUGUUACGACAUGAAGAAUUUACUGAAGGUUGUAAAGCUUCAUGUAACGGACCAUAUGAUGGGAAGUGGAGCAAAACCAUGAUAGGUUAUGGACCUGAGGAUAAUCAUUUUGUUGUUGAAUUGACUUAUAAUUAUGGGAUUGGUGCUUAUCAACUUGGUAAUGAUUUCCAGUAUAUUCUUAUUCAUAAUAAGGAUGCAUAUUCAAGAAUUAUCGGUGGAUCAUGGCCUAUCACAUUGAAAGAGUCGAAUUCAGUAAAAGUGGAAGCUCCUGGUGGAUAUGUAUUUUGGGUGCAUAACAGUGAUAGUAACGGGGAUCCAGUUCAAAUGGUGGCUUUAUCUACUUCAAAUCUCAAACGAUCCAUUGAUUACUGGUCUCAUAAACUUAGUAUGACACUUGUGUCAUCUAGCUCAGAUGAAGCGGUGUUUUGUUAUUCACCAAAUCAGUGUAGUUUAAAACUAAUUUCCAUUCAAAAGCCCAUUGAUCAUGCCAGCGCAUUUGGUCGUAUAGCUUUUGCAUGCCCAACUAGUCAAUUACCAAUCUUACAACAAACAAUGGAUUCACAAAAUGAAACGAUUCUUACUCGUCUAGUCAGCUUGGAUACGCCAGGAAAAGCUACUGUACAAGUGAUUAUUUUAGCUGAUCCAGACGGUCAUGAAAUCUGUUUUGUUGGAGAUGAAGCUUUUAGACAGUUGUCACAAGUGGAUUCACAAGCGGAUAAUCUACUACAAUCAGCUAUAGCCUCAGAUAAAAGUGAUGAAUGGUUCAAUAAACAUGGAGGCAAGACAACGAAAUAA